UUGAUGACGAUGACACAACGCCUGCGAAACUCCAAAGUAAUUUAUUCCUGUUGUGUGCAGUUUUAGUAUUAUUAUUCAGAUGAAAAAACAUUACUCGAGGUAAAAAAUGCCGAAAGUCAUUUCUAGGAGUGUUGUGUGCUCGGAUACGAGAGACAAAGAGGAGUACGACGAAGCAAAACCACUGCAUGUUUAUUAUUGUCUGUGUGGUCAAAUGGUUCUUAUACUCGAUUGCACAAUAGAUAAACUACCAAUGAGAAAACGUGAUGGAGCCCGUGUCAUCGACGGUGGCAAACACGCACACAAACUGACGUGCGAAACAGAUGAGAUUGUUCACCUCAAGAGGUGCAGUUUAUUUUUAUUUUACCAACAUCAGGAAAAAAACAGUCCCAUAACUUUCAUUGUGGAAGGUGGAGUUUUCAAGGCUGGUGAUGGUCCAGUGAAAACCAAUAUAUUGGCACAGGCACAGACUGAAGCCCCUAGAAAGAAGGUGAUAAUAUCAAAGAGAACCAAAGAGAUGGGCAAGUUCAGUUCAGUAACCGUGUCAACUGUUGAUGAAGAGGAAGAAGAAAUAGAAGCUAGGGAGGUUGCUGACUCCUAUGCCAGCAAUGCCAGAGUGAUAGAGAAACAGCUACAAAGAAAAGGAGUUGCCAAACGGAAACUACAAGAGUUGGCUCAAGAAGAAUUAAAAAAGAAACCAAAAGGAACACUCCUGGCAGACAUCUAA